AUGCCUCCAUCCGAAGAGGAGCACAAGAUGCAGCAUAGACGACAGGGGAAGACCACUCCGCAGCGGUCGUCUGUCUACACCGUCAGGCGUAUAAGUGGAUUGACACUUCUGCCGCCGUUGCAGACAUCGGCUGAACAGCUGCAGCAACAUCAACGGAAAAACGAAAACGCCAGUAGAUCGAGAAGUCCGUCUACAACACCACGAACUCGAGCUGAGAGACCUGCCACCAUGAUAUUCGAACAUGAGGAGAUAGAUUCCAUCUACUCCGAGCCUGCAUCGGACUACGAUGAUGCUAGCAACGACAUCUGUAACGACAGUGACUUGGGUGACGAGACAGACAUUGACAUCCAUGAUGGAGGAGCCAUUGAUGAAUCGUUCUUCGUCGCUACUCCGGUUACAUAUCACCUUCCCAAGGGCAGACCUAGCUUAGUCUCCAUCUCUCCGCCACCAUCACAGUCCGGCCGUACGCCUAGAAUUCCAUCACAGGCUGAAGAUCUGAGUCCUAGAGCACAGAAGAAGCAGAAAAAGCAGAAAAAGCAGAGCACCUCAGCCUCCCUGGAACGGACGGAUUCAGUCAUCAGCAGAAGUUCUAGCACCGCCGGCAGUAUCAAGAGGACUAUUCAGCACCUGAAGCCCAAGAAGAAUGAACCACACCGAUCAACAUACGUCCCUUCGGAGCGGUCCCCUGUAUCCCCGUCUGCGGCUAUUAAUGCCACUUCUCCCAUGCUAGGAAGCACACCUCCUGACUCUGCCAAGUUCUUCACCGAAACCACGAAACACAAGCUAGCUCCCCCCGAUAGUCGACGACGGUCACUAGUACCCGGCCAGCUACGAAGCGGAAGACGGGAUCGAAACGUAUCAGAGCAGACACCUCCACCAACGGACUCUGAAGCACAGAAGAAUGCACAUAACAAGCCCUCACAAAUACAGAACCAGGGCCAUCGAAGACGAGCAACAGAAAAACUACCAUCCUUUAAUAAAGUGGCAUGGACACCGGCAUCACCUCCAGCCUCUCCGUCUGAAGAUAAUUCCACGUCACUUGGUUGUCCCCUUCCAGCACCGCAAAAACUGCCUGUCUCAGUCCCCGAACCGCUUCCGUCCCCAGGCAUACGCAAAACCAAAACCUUCCAGACACCGUCCCUUAAUAAUUCCCUAGAUCAAUUACCCGUUCCUCGCAGCCGUGCCCGCACCCGCUCCAUAAGCAGCAUAGCCAGCACCGCAAGCAAAUUCAGCAUUCCAGCCUUCGACAGCGCCUCCCUAAAGGCAAUUGCGCAAAAGUACCAAAACAGAACAACCUCUCCCUUGCCCGGAGCCGCCUCUCCAACCACGUCAACCUCUUCGAACCUUCGACCAGCCGGGUCUGACAGCCCUCGCCGCCCAUCAGACUGCGGCAGCACCAUGUCCGAACAGCCCAGCCUACUCCGUCAUAAUAAAUUCCUUCGGACAAUGUCAACAACCAACCUCAGCAUGCUUAUGAGCGCACAUGACACCAUUGACGAAGAUAGCAUGGGCACUCCUUACCAGAGCAAAAGCAGUCUGGGGCGGAAAUCAAAACGCUACUCAUCUACUUCGAAAUCCAGCGUUAGCACGGGCAGGUCCGGCAGCACUAGCAGCAACGCGCAUAUCCGGUCGAAGAGCAUCAAAUGGUUUCAGGGCACGAGCGAGAGCAUGACGCUUGCUGGAAGCAAGCUUGGAUCCAUGCUGAAGAAGAAAUCCGUCGCAAUGCCGAGCUCUUAA